AUGAAGUGGCAUCUCCCUACCUUUGCAGCCCUCGUCUCAGCAACCCCGUCCCUUGCGGCGGGCAACGGCCCAUAUGAUGCUUCCCACACAACAGAAAUCACCCUCCCCCGACACACAAUCUACAUGCCCAAAGCCCCGCCGCCCAACACCACCCUCCCCGUGCUAAUCUGGGGCAACGGCGCAUGCUCGGCCAACGGCACGCUCUUCGGCAACCUGCUCACCAACAUCGCCUCGUACGGCUUCAUCGCCAUCGCCUCGGGCCGCCCCAACGGGCGCGGCCGCACCGACGCCAGCUACAUGACGGAUGCGCUCGACUGGAUCGAGCGGCGUGCGGGGACACCUGGGCGGUAUGCGGCUGUCGACGCCGGCCGCGUCGCCGUUGCCGGGCAGAGCUGUGGCGGGCUCGAGGCGUACCAGAUGCGUGAUGACCCGCGGGUUGGGUACCUGGGGAUCUUCAAUAGUGGGUUCUUGGAUCUCCCGGGGUUUCUGGGUGGGUUGUUGGGGAUUCCGGGGGAGGGGCCCGAGACCAUUGACGAGGUGCGGUUGCCCGUGUUUUACUUUUUGGGUGGGAAGGGGGAUAUUGCGUAUCCGAAUGGCAUGGCUGAUUACGCUGCGCUGAGCGGAGUGCCAAAGUGGGUUGGGAACUACCCCGUCGGGCACAUGGGAACCUAUGCCAAGCCCGAGGGAGGGGAAUUCGGCGUUGCGGCGGUGAACUGGCUCAAGUGGGUGCUGAAGGGGGAUGCGAGGCAGGCUGAGUGGUUUACUGGUGGUGGUGCGGAAGCGGCGGGCUGGGAGGAGGUUGCCAGUGAGGGCUUGGACGACCUCUUGAGCUUUUCGAACUGA